AUUUUUUGUUUUUCUUAAUCUCAAAUCUCAGUCUUGAAAAAGAAAAAAAAACAAUAAGCUCACUCUCAAAAUCCCGAGCACCUUCUGUUUGACAAAAGGAUUCCUCCAUUUCAACCACCAGAUUCUCUAUACCUCAAACGGAGGAGAUUGAGAGAUUGAGGUUUCCGUUCAAUUUUCCGGUCGCAGUUCAGAGCUCCGGUGUCAAGUAGAAACCCCCUUAUUCAAUACUGUAGCAGGUUCCUAUUAAAGCCAAGUCACCGAGGUGAAAGAUGGCUGCUAAUGUCCAAAAAUUCCAAACACUAGCAAUCUCUAUGAAUCACUGUUUUGAGUCAAGAUGGCUCUUGCAUCAUUAUCGCCUCUUGCACCAUGGUCCAGAUACUGUGGAGGAACUAUUGGAUAGACACGUUGUAAAAAAGGAGAAGAGCCUUGAUGAUGACGAGAAUGAGCUCCUAACUAGACAGCGACUCACUAGUUCUCGCCGCGAGGCUCUAAGUCUGUACCGAGACAUCCUCCGCGGCACCCGCUUCUUCAUGUGGCCCAACUCUCAAGGCAUUCUUUGGCGGGAUGUUCUCAGAGAAAAUGCUCGAAAGGAGUUUGAAGCGGCCCGAUUCGAAAGAGAUCCAGAAGUCAUCACCAGAUUGCUUAUUGGAGGUCAUGAUGCUGUGCAAGCUGCUUUGGAUAAGCUUGUCGAGAAACAAAAGCAAGAAAUUGAAAAGCAACGUGGCAAUUCAAAUACUCCUUGAUAUUCUGGUGUUAGGCAAUGUAUGUACAUUGUACAGUGAUAGUUCAACAACAUUAGCAAGUAAAAGCUGGAGGGAGAUUAUGCAAUACAAUGUAAUCUUAUUAAGUUUGAUUACUCUUUUCGCCUUCAAUGUACUUGUACUUUCCUUGAAUGAGAAACUCUUGAAGAAUUUUGUAACUUGGUUGGAUGGAGGGAUUUGACCUUUUAUGUUUAAUAUUCAUAAGCUUAGAGUC